AAAAAGUUAAAACUGUUCAUAUAAUCUUUUCCCUAUAUAUUCCGCCGUUACUUUUCCCCGUGAAUUCCGUAUUCCUCGACUCAUACAAAUACAAAAUAUAUAUAUAUAUAAUAUAUAUUUUAGUAACGCCCUUACUAUUUACUCCUCCGAUGGACGGAAUUAAAGUAAAAGAAGAAUAUAUAGAACAACAACAAUUAAACAAGUCAAGAAAAAAACCAGAUAAAAUACCAGUAAUUGAUCUAGAAAGUUCUGAUGAUGAUAAUAAUGAAAAUGAAAAUGAUGAUGAAUAUUCUUCAAGUAAUGGAAAAAGGUUUAGGGUUUCAAAUAAUAAUGAAAGUAAUAAGAAAUUGAAAAAGAAUGUUUCUGGUGGUGGUGGUGGAGUGGUGCUUCCUGAAGGUUUUUUGGAUCCGUUGCCGCCUAGGGUUUCGUCCAACGAAAACCGAAAAGAAACCGAAAAAAGGGGGAAUAAUAAUAAUAAUGCUGUUAGUUGUAAUAAGCAGUUUUGGAAAGCUGGUGAUUUUGAAGAGAAUUCUUAUUCUGUUACUAGUGGUUCUGAUUGGAAUCUUACAUCAGGUGGUAUGGAUCAUUUGAGGGUUCAUCCAAGGUUUCUACACUCUAACGCAACCAGUCAUAAAUGGGUGCUUGGCGCUUUUGCGGAACUUUUGGACAAUUCACUGGAUGAGGUUUGUAAUGGAGCUACAUAUGUCAAAAUUGAUAUGCUAACAAACACGAAAAAUGACAGCAGAAUGUUGCUGAUUGAAGAUAAUGGUGGUGGGAUGGACCCAGAUAAAAUGCGACAUUGUAUGUCUCUUGGGUAUUCUUUAAAGAGCAAGGUCAAAGAUACCAUUGGGCAAUAUGGAAAUGGUUUUAAGACAAGCACCAUGAGGCUUGGAGCUGAUGUUAUUGUCUUCUCUCGGAGCUCUGGGAAAGAUGGUAAAAGAUCUACUCAGAGCAUUGGGCUGCUGUCUUACACAUUUCUGCGGUGCACAGGGAAGGAAGAUAUUGUAGUUCCCAUGCUUGAUUACGAAAGACGUGACCAAGAAUGGAAGAAUAUGAAUCGCGUAUCCGCCAGUGAUUGGGAUAGAAAUGUUGAGGCGAUGGUAGAAUGGUCUCCGUUCUCUAGUGAAGCAGACCUCUUGAGACAAUUUGAUAAGAUGAAGGCUCAGGGUACACGCAUAAUCGUUUACAAUCUAUGGGAGGAUGAUCAAGGACAGUUAGAGCUUGAUUUUGAUGCCGAUAAACAAGAUAUUCAAAUUCGAGGUGUAAAUCGAGACGAGCAAAAUAUAAAAAUGGCACAAGAACAUCCAAACUCUAGACACUUCUUGACAUAUCGUCACUCACUGAGGGGACAAUGUACCUUGAAAAGUGAUUAUCUGAUAUAUUCAAUAAGUAAAGCUGGAAAGUGUGGCAGAAGAUAUCAGAUUUAUGCAUCAAUUCUCUAUCUAAGAGUUCCUCAUAACUUCCGCAUGAUUCUUCGUGGGAAGGACAUUGUGCAUCAUAACAUAAUAAAUGAUAUGAUGAUGACAAAGGAGGUCACAUAUCGUCCACAGCCUGGUCAGGAUGGGAUGCCUAAUGAUUCAAACAUGGUAGCUGUAGUGACAGUGGGGUUCGUUAAGGAUGCUAAAGCUCAUAUUGAUGUACAAGGGUUCAACGUCUAUCAUAAAAACAGACUCAUUAAGCCUUUCUGGAGAAUCUGGAAUGCAGCAGGAAGUGAUGGUCGUGGGGUCAUAGGUGUGUUGGAAGCUAAUUUUGUUGAACCAGCUCAUGACAAACAAGGAUUUGAGCGCACUAAUGUUCUUCAAAGACUCGAAACACGCCUUAUUCAAAUGCAAAAGACAUACUGGGGUAGUUAUUGUCACAAAAUUGGCUAUGCUCCUCGAGGCCGCAGGAAAGAUUUCGACAACGGGGAAACUUCUCCCGAUUACACACCAGAAGCUCCUCCAAGAAGAAAUAAUGUUGCAUCAGAUAAAGCAGCACCAGUUCCUUAUUCAGACAAAUUCUCCUCGCAUAUAAAAGGAGGAACUAAUCCAACCAGACAUCCUAAUGAUAAUGUGGGAGAUAAGUCACAUAGGAUAUCUGGCGUAGGUGCAAGCUCUUCAGAGUCGACAUCACCUUUAAUUGAUAAUAACGGUGAUGAUAAUUCACAAACUCCAAUGACUAGAAGAUAUGCAAAUGGCAGUGCUCAGAUAGGAGGAUCAUCACAUAAAACUCGUUCAGUUUCAGCUAGAGAGGCCAAACUUCCUGAACCAGGCCAUAAUGUUUCUUCAAGUGGGAGAGCCAUGCAAGUUGUCACACCUCCUCACUUAAGGUCUUCCGCUGUUAAUGGGAAUGCAGCAGUUCCUUCAAAUUAUAGCACUCUGGAAUUCAUUCAGUUAGUUGAAGAAAACCGUGACUUGAAAGAAAGAUUGAGAAGGAGAGAAGAAGAGAUCUUGGGUGAUUUGCUGCACGAUCUAGAAUCUGAAAGAUGUCGUUGCAAAGAACUUGAGGCACAGCUAGAGUCAGAAAAGCAAAGAUUUGAAGUUCUAAACAAGGAGCAAGAUAGCAUAAUCGCGAUAUUUUCGGAGGAGAGAGAGCGUAGAGACACUGAGGAGGAAGCUUUAAGAAAAAAGUUGAAGGAAGCGGAAGUUACGACCAAAAACUUGAUGGAAAAGGUGACACAGUUGCAGUUGGAGAAGAUGAAAACAAUGGGGCACAAAUGGGGCCAGUAGGAACACACAUCAAUACAGAUGCCUGCAGCUAUAGUUGGGGAAGAUGAAACCUUGCUAAUGUGUUUCCUAAAUUAGUCUUAGUGUGUUAUUCAGGCCGGUAGUAUUCUGUACAUGAUAGGAAGCUCUUUUCCUUAGUCAAUUUUGUUUAGGGUUUAAUAAUCAUUGGAUCACUAACAUAUUUUUUCUUCUCUAAAUGGUUGCAUGUUAAACAUUUUUACUGA